AUGUGGCUGCUAGAAGGGCGCUUCGCCGAAGACAGCCGCCAAGAGCUGAGCAAGCUUCUCAAAUACGGUCAGACCUAUACUCUCGGUCGCAAGAUCCCCGCCGACAUUGUCAUCGAUAGCAAGUUCGUCUCUCGUGUAUCUUGUCACAUUACCGUAGCAUCCGAAGACACCAUCUCGAGCCAAGUCAACAGCGUCACCGACCCACUAUCCUUUCAUAACGAUGUUCGUCUUCGACCUCGCGUCAAUAUCCGCUUCGAGGCUAACAAAAGCCGCAAGACCUUUAGUGUGACCCAACUAUCUCGUCGCUCCGGCUCAACAGAUCCUACCGAAGUGCAAGUGCCCGCAGACCAAGAACAUGUCCUCGAAGAUGGAGACUUCUUUGCACUCACUACUACCAUCUCACUACGGCUGGUGUGGAAGCCAAUGGCGAUCUGCUUUGCCGCCAAGAUCAAAGAGAACGCUAUUGCACCUUUCCGCCAAGCUGCGUUGAAGCUCGGUAUCCAUCUCUCCCCCGCCAAGUCUCGCUGGAUGGACGGCUACACACAUCUUUGCCUUAUCCAAGUCAAGCCCACCGAAUCUGUCCUCUGCGCACUGCUCCAAGCUCGACCCAUAGUCACCAUCGAUUACUUCACCGAACUCUUCCGUCGAGCCGAUCUCCCACGCCACGAUCCCAACUCCCUCGAAACCUCCUUCACCGGACCCGAUCUCACCACCUACCAACCCUCCAUCGACCAACAAGAACUAUCCGAAAUCCCUGACAUGCAUGCAAAGCUCCUACCGGAAGAACGCCGCACGCACAUGCUCAAAGGCACCACCUGUGUCUUCUUCGCCCUCCCUGUGGAAGAAGGGGAACUGUCGAUCUACAAGAGCAUUCUCAGCGUUGCCGGAGCCCAUGUGUUCACGCACAACCCACAAGCAGAGGGCUUGAAGACAAAGGCGGAUUUCGCACAGUUGUUGAUGCCGUACAAGAACAGCGCGCUGAGUUAUUGGAGGAAUAGUGGGAGUAAAGCGAGAAGUGAGGCUCCCGAUGAAGGGUUGGUGGUGUUGGUGGGUGCGGUUCAUGAUGAAGAGGGAUGGAAGGAAGGGUGUAAGGUGGCAUGUAGGAAUUUGAGGAUUGCUAUGCCAAGUGGGUUUCAUGCGAUUACGAAUGCUGUUUUUGCGGCUGAUGUUAGGGCACAUUUGAAUACGAUACCCACUGUGAGCGAUGGGGAGGGGGAUGGGGAGGUUGAAGGAGCAGCGCCGGCUGCUCAAGAGGAAGUUGCGGCGGAUGUGACGGCUGUUGAAAGGGUGGAGCGCAGUCCGACUCGGCCAGAGAUACCUGCAGAGCGAGCUGCAAUGGAUCCACCAGCUACUGCGGCUCCUGUACAAGUACAACCUCCAGCCGCGACAGCAGAACCGCCGAGUACAGCAACCGAACAACAGCGAAGACCUCUCACACGUCGCACACGAAAGCCUGCACACCAAGCCGAAGAGCCCCUCACCCGAGGUACCCCAGAAGCAAACGCUUCGGCUAACGUGGCCAUGGACACUACCGCCUCAGCCAGCCGCUCUGUCGAGGCCGGUAUAGAAGCAUCGUCACAGCUCACCCGCGAAGAGCGUAGCGGGCUAACACGCCGCACUGGCGCAAGUCGGGUAACACAUCGAAGAAGCGACGUCUUUGAUGCCAUCUUACGUUCAGAUGCAGGUCAGAGCAUGGAUCUUGCUGAUGCUUCCGCAUCACUCUCUACCGAUGCUGGUGCAGGAUCUUCCAUUCCGAAAAGCAGAAGGUUCAGGAUGGAUCUGGAUGAAGAAGAUCGUGCACAAACGCAGGUUUCAGACGCUAGUCAAGCACAGCAGUCGGCUGAUAGUGGGAAGCGCAAGUCCCCUCCUCAACCACAACCUCCAACCGACCACGCUGCGAGGGGCAAUGAGAGAAGCUCAAAACGCCCUCGGACAACUGCGCCUUCCCCUGCUACUGAACCCGCACCUGAAUCCACCCAACCAGCAGUUGAACUACCGCGUGUGAUCCGCACAGACCCAUCACUCGACCACACUGGCCUGGGGAAAGGAGCGCAACCAGACACCCAACCACAAUUCCUCCAAGCGCUCAACACCCAACGAGCCAAAGGCAAAAAAAUGGACGAAUUCGAUGCCGAUUUUAACCGUCUUCAAAUCGCCAAACCCUCCUCUUCCACUCAAGCCUCUCUCAACCUCGCUCGUGGUACACAGCAAAAAACAGCAGGGGGCGGAGGGGUGGAUGAAGACUACGAAGCGUUCAAAGCGAUGGCUGAGGAAGAAUUAAAGAUUCAUGUACGGGGGAACUUUGUUCAGGUUGAUUUUGUGCCACUUAUUCGUCAAAAGGUGCAGAGGGAUGCGAGUGGAAAUGGGGCUGGGGAAAAUAUGGGGGAUGUUCCUAAUUUCAAAAAAUUCAGAGGGAAGAGGGCGACGGGCGAGAGAGGGAGUGGGAGUGGGAGUGGGAGGAGGGGGGUGGAAAUGGUUCUACCUGAGAGUAACGAUUAUGGAUUGGGACAGAGUUAUUGGGAGGAUGAAGCGGGUUCUCUGGCGACUUCGAGGGGCGAAAGGAAGGGUUCACGACUUGCGCUCUCUGAUGAGGAAACUCCUUCAGCUCGUCCGCCCAAAAGCAAGACCAGAGUCGCGCUGGAUCCAGGUCCAGGGGAGGAUAGCGCCAUCCACCUGGACCUCGAUUCAAUGGAAUCAGACGAGGAUGCAGCAGAUAUGACUACUUUGAUGAGGCGUCAACAUGGAUUGCGGUCUCAACCCGCAGCGGGAGGAGCUGGGAGGGGAAGGAAGAGACCCAUUGCAGCGCUAGCUGCGGAGAGUGAUGAAGGAAUGCCCCCUCCAACGAGUACGAGUAGGAGAAAGGCAACACCAGCAACAAAGGGAAGGAUGACAACGACGAUUAUCGAUGAUGAAGACGACGAUAGUGACGAUGGAGGAGGGGAUGGUGGCGGUGAUGAUGGGAAUUUUGCUGGUUUUGGUAGAAGUACAAGCACAAGGAGACGCAGGGUUGAUCCUAGUUCUUCGGCUCGGACUCGAAGAUCUGUUUUCUAG